AACGGAUUAACAGAGAUGGACGCAGAGCAGGAUUAUUACUUGGAAUUGACGCCAGAUCCUAUUCGUUUUGAACCGGUCAAUCAGUUGACGAACGUAUUUUUCGAUGACUCCAACAAAGACAUCUUCGCAGUCCGAUCAGGUGGUGUGAUGGGGGUGGUAGUCAAAGGCCCUUCAAAAAAUGAGCCACCAUUGAAUUUUCGAAUGGAAGACAGUGGUCCAGUUUUGUCUAUUAAGUUCUCACCAGACCAUAAAGUACUAGCUGUGCAGCGAGCGACUAAUUCCAUAGAGUUUAUGAAUUUUAACAAUACUCUGGUGGAUACUGAAUAUGCAAUCAACUGCAAAAAAAAUUCUGCCAUUCUUGGUUUUGUGUGGUCUACUCUAAGGGAAGUAGCGAUUGUAACAGAUCAUGGCAUUGAAUUAUAUUUAGUUAUUCCCGAAAAAAGAUCCUUAAAACAAAUCAAAACUACAUCUGUUACGGUGCAAUGGUUUGUUUGGUGUCCUACCAACAAAAUCACUCUUUUAGCAUCUGCACAUGGCUCUCAAUUGCAGCCAGUUGUCUUAAAGCCGGGAGCCACCAACAAAUUGCCUAAAGUUGAAACUGAACCAGGUCGAAUGGCACUUGAACGUGAUGUAACACUUGCCACCCUUUAUGGUGUUGCGGCCGUGUUGAUUUUACGACAUCAGAAUGGACCACAUAUGGCUGAAGUUCAUGUACAUUUAUUAAAUGGACCAGGACAAGCUCCCCUUAAGUCGCAUGUACUGAGAUUAGGUUUGUCAGGAAGAUUUGCUAUUAAUGUUGUCGACGAUUUAAUAUUGGUGCAUCAUCAGGCUUCGAGAAGCUCACAGGUGUUUGAUAUCGCCCUUCCCGGGGAACAUGACGGCCAUGUUAGAUAUCACGGGAAUGUCGCACCAGCUAAAUCCAUGAAACCUACUAGUUUAACAUUGCCCGGGAUUGUUGAGCCACAAAUGCACAUUUGUGAAUUAUAUUCUCCGAAUUGGGUAGUUUUUCAGCCAAAUAUCGUGAUCGACGCAAAAUUGGGUUGCUUGUGGUAUAUUAAAUUGAACCUGACAGUGUUUUGCAACUAUAUCAAAAGUUUUACUCUGCGCACACAGGUUGUGCUAAAUAGGACAGACGGGAAGGCUGUCAUACUGAAUUUGUUAUUGGAAGCUCUGGCUCAGGAGAAGCCACCAUUACAAGAUUUGCGAGAAUCAUUCGACCACAUAAAUCGGGUAUACAGCAACUGGCUGGAGAGGGAGAUGCAAUCUCAAGUGGCUUCCCCAGUAAAUGCACCAUAUCCAUCGCCCAAAAAUGAAUUGUGCCCGCGGGUGUUGAUUGAUCAGGACACAGUUUAUAAUGAUGUGUUUGAAAAAUUGAUCUCUGAUCAAGAUCUACAGAAACUCGAACGGGUAUUGAUAAUUUACUUGACUAGCUUGUCUGAGAGUGGGCUAACCCUUCAGCAAAACCUAAACGAACUUUUGAUUAGAAUAUUGGCACGACAAAGGAAAUUUACCGCACUGCAACAAUUGCUUCAGUAUGGUGUUAUCUCAGACUCUAAACCAGCAGCUUGCUUAUUGUUAUCGUUGGGUAACAUGCACCCGUCGGCCAUUCAAAUGGCAUUGGAUAUGCUUGGUAGAUUAGGGGCCCAUGAAGAAAUUCAGGAAAUACUCUUAAGCGCAGGGCAAGUGCUGCCUGCGCUAAAACUUGCCAAUGAUAGUGCCAAUCCUAGAAAGUUCCUGACAGCAGCGAAAAGCUGUGACGAUGCAGUAUUGUUUCACAGCGUGCUCUGUUACUUCCAGAACAAUCCAGAAGUUGCUGGUGCUUUCAAAAAAGAUGAAAGGCUUCAAAGCUUUGUCCGUGAUUAUGGGGACAUGUUUAACGGACAUGGUAAAGUUUUCAAGUGACAAUUUUGACAAUGGAUCGAGUUGUAGAAGACUCUAUUGUAUUAUUUUAUUCUUAUUUGAAGUAACAAUUAAUCUGCUAAUAUUUUUAUUAAAGAAUUUUUCUGUUGCA